AUGAGGAGGCACAGCUGCGUCUGGGCUUUGGUUGUUACGGUGCUCUGGCUGGCAUUGGCCAGUCGAGAGGUCAACGGCGAGACGAGGAUCGAGGUGGAUGAGCACGGAGAUGAAUACGAGCUGAAGCGUUUCUAUAUCCAGGGUAGACAGCUGAAUGGCAGCAAAUCGCAGUGUGUGGUCACCAGAAGAAAGCGUGCGAGUCGCUCGAUGGCCGCACCCACCAUCUCAGUCAGUUCGCAGCAGUUGAGCUUGGGUGCUGUGCCGGAGCAGCUGGCGCUGAAGCAGGAGCAGGAUUCGAGCAAACGCCGCUAUGUGGCGCUGGCAGCGGUGCAACUGCAGCAUCAGGACGACGAGGAGGAUGACGACGAUGAAGACGAGGAGGAUGAUGACGACGCUGCUGAAGAACAGCAUCUGGAGCUCGAGGAAGUGGUCUUAGCUGAUGACGAUGCCGAGGAGCAGGAACAGCAAGUCCAGCCACAAGCUCUACUCGUUGAUGCGGUGCAACAGAAACAGUUCCCAGGCCAAAGCCCGAACAGCUUUGUCACCCUAACACAGAGCGUGCCCGGCGGCGUCAGUGUGGUGGCCAAUGCGGCAACCCAUGCGAAUGUGGGCGGAGAUGCGGGCAUUGUUGUUGUCGAGUCACAGCAGCCGCCCAAGGUGAAUCCCAAUACGCACGCAGUGUUCGAGCUGAAGCCGCUGAAUCAUCAGGCCUACUACCAGCAGCAUGUGGCGGCGGAUGAGCAGGAGGAGGACAUCGACAAUGAUAGCUUCUAUUAUCAAGGCUUGGGCGUCUACGAUGAAUACGAACACUUCAUAACGGAGGACAGCCCGGUGAGCACGUCGGCCAUAUGGAGCACGGAUGGCGAUGAUGACGACAUACAUCCCGUUAUCAAUGAGCCCAAUCGAAAGCCCAAUGAGAAUAAGAAGAGGAGAAAGCCACAGCAGCAGAAGCAGAAACAGAAGCGCCGGCAGCAGCAGAAGCAAAAGCAGCAGCGUAAGAAGCCACAGCAGAAGAAGAAGAAGAAGCGCCCUGCUAACGAAUUGCAGACACUGAAUGGACGUCGCAAGUCGAAGCCCAAGAAGAAGAAGAAGAGCCGGCCAAGCGGCGUGGGCAACAGACGUCGCCGACCCAGCUCCAGUUCCAGCUCCAGCGCUAGCUACAGCUACGGCUCGAUGGGCGGCUAUAGACGCCGUCGUCCACAGCAGACGGAGGCGCAGCGUCGACGCCGACUGCAGCAGAAGCGUCGCCGGCAGCAGUUGCAGCGCCAGCGUCGUCGCCGCAAUAAGAUUCGCCAACAAAAUGGCGGCGUUGGAGGCUAUCGUCAGCAAUAUUUUGGCGACGAGCCGAUCGUCAAUUGCAUCUACAUCAACAAGGAUCCGGCGCCGACGACGACAACAACAACGCCGCGACCAUUCUGGAAUCUGCUGGGACGCGGCGCAGCGCAGCAGCCAGCAGCGGCAGAGCAAGCGCCACGGCGAAACGGCGAGUUCGGGAGCCGCAAGCGCACGAAUCUGAAAUUUGCCGCCUAA